GCACUACACGCUGACCACAGAUCUGCCUAACCGAUACACGACCACAUCCAUCAAGUGAAGUAUGAAGAUAUACUAUAAUCUAUAUAUGCCUUCAAAAUUGACAUUGUGCAUGUUCUUGAGUUAAGCGAUAUGUCAAUAUUUUCUUUUGUAACUGUUAAAACUUAAAAAAACAGUUUGCCUUCUGACGUUAUUCACUUAUUUCACUCUGUGAAUUGAUUUGUGUAUCCAAAUGAAAUAAAAAAUGGAUAAUGAUGAAAAAAAAGGAAGAAAAAACGAAUCUUGCUCCACCUUGCUUUAAAAGUUAUUUCUUUUAUAUUUAUUUUAGAGUGUUGUAGAGAGUGCAUUAGCAAGAAUUAAAAGACCAUGUAAAAAAGCACUACCUGCAGUAGCUAUUGCUACUCAAUCUAGUCAAAUAAACACAAAUUCCAUUCGGGAAAUAAUUCCAGGCCGAAGUAAUACCAUGCCUAUGAAUUUUGACAUUAAGGUAGAAGUAGAGAAUGUUGAUGAGAAUGCAAUAGAAAAGCAGCAUGAAAUAUUAAGUUGGAGGGAAAUAGUGAAAAAAUCUACUGAAAUUUAUAUGCAAUCAAAUAAUAUUGGUGAUAAAAUACUACAUGGACAGAUUUCCAUCCCAAAAACCAUAGGGGAUAGAUUGAAAUCUACGCCAGCCAAACAUGAUUCACAGGUUGACAGUCAAAAAAAUACUUUCUUAUUGUCUCAUGAUACUCAAGAUAUGGUGAAUGAUAGAGAUGAUGAUGAUGAUGUCAUCAUCAUUGAUAAUGUGCCUGAAGUUAUUGUUAUACCAUCUGAUGACGCACCUAACGAUGAUCUCCCUUGUGUCAUUGCUAAUAUUAAAUCCGAACUACUUGAAAUUGAAUUACAAACAUCUAAAACAAAACAUACUGUUACACCACAAAAUGAUUUCGAAUGUAAAACGAUGGUAAUCCAAAUACCUAAAGACACAAAAGACGUAAUUAAAUGCCUAUCAGAUGGAAACAGAAUUAAUGAUGAUAAAGUAUUAGGUAUUGAAGAAAUUAAAAGGGAACCAGAAUUAAAAGGGAAUAGUGAACUGAAUGUCUCCAUGGAAUCUACAUUUGGAAUUCUAAGUACACAAAGUAUGACGACAAAUAAUGUAAAUACAGUUAAUAAUAUAAAAAUGUUGAGAUCUCAAACUAAACAGACUCUGCUAACCAACGUUUCACGAAAUUCAGAAUCAGAUGUGAAAGUCGAAGUUAUAAAAAUUGAGGAAGAGAAACUAAUGAGAGUAGACCUAAGUGAUAUACAAUUGAAUGAACAGAAAAGAGAAGAAGGUAGACCGGCGGAAAUAUCCACUAAUUUAGAACAAAUUACUCCAAAAGAAUUAGAAGUAUCAGAACCGUUAAAGGUAGAAAAAAAUGUAGAGACGUUUGUCGAAAUCGAUAUCCCAUGGGAUGCUGUUCCAAUAAAGGAAGAAGCUGAUCCGGAAAUGGAUUUCAGAUUAUCGGAUAUCAGAAGGAUAUAUCAUGUCGAUGUUGUUAAUGUCGGUGAAAACAAAAUAGAUGUUAAGCAAAAAAUUAAUGAAUUCGAUUCAACUGGACAAAGCGAGAAUUGGCACCAAGACAACUUUGCUUAUAAUUCGCAACAUUCGAGUGAUGAUGAGUUUGAGAAUGAUUUCAUCACCAUCUCACCGAAUGUAACUUUAAAUACUGAUGAUGAUAGCGAUGAUGAAAACCGAACACAGAGGAAGAAGGAAAUACUAUACAGCUGCAUUCGCUGUAACUUCAAAGGCGAGCACAGACUAUACAAACAACACAAACGAUACGAAUGUCAAAAAUCAAUUCACCUUUAUGAUUAUCAUUGUUCGUUAUGUAAAAAUAGUUUUGAUUCGAUGCAUACAUAUCUGUUGCACUUUGAAAAGCACGGCGUUCCGGAGCUGAUCUGUCCGCAGUGCGGUCACGGGGGCAUAACCUUGAAGUCUUUGAGCUUACACGUGAAGAUGCAUAUCAAGAGUCUCUUCGUUUCGUAUAGAUCUUUCCACUCCGAUGGCACGAUAACGGCGCCAGUUUUAAAAUGCAAAGUGUGUUAUGCUGACGUCACGCGACCAGAUUUCAUAAAACACUGGGACACGCAUCUGGACCUAAAUAAUGUAAAAAGGCGCCUCAAAUCACCAGAGAUGUUAUUACCGCAACUGCCCCACGGGUUUCAGACAUUGGACCACGAUGACACUCCGGACAUUAAGAAAGCUUUAAUUGUCGAAGAUAUUACUAAAAGAAAUGCACAAAACUGUAAAAAAUAUUAUUCACAAAAAAAAUUGCUUGCUCAACAACUGCAAUCAAAGAGCGAAGUUAUUCAUUCUGCAUCAACAUCAAGUUUGCAAAUGACGUUUGAACCUCAGCUUAAUACCACAGUUACCAAGAAGCGUUUAAGUAAUGCAGAAAAAUGCAAAAAUUAUCGUAAACGAAAAAAAGAAGCAAGUCUAAAAAUAAAAAAAGCUACAUUAACGUCCGCAGAAAGGUCUCGGAUGUAUAGGUUGCGGAAAAAACGACUCACUCAACUCACUCAAUCAUCUGUCAAUGAAGUUUUGUAUACUCCAUCAACUUCAAAUUCGCGAAUGACGUUUGAAGCAUCGACUCAGCCUGUUACUACAGAUUAAUAAUUAUCUCCGUCAUAAUUUAAAACAUUGAAUUAUUUUACUUUGUCACCCAAUUUCAAUUAAAUUAAUUGCUUAAUUAAAUAUUGUUAUUGAAG